CACAGGUGACUAGGAGAUGAGGUGAGAUACAAUGCCUGGUGCCUCAUGUGCCACUAUUGGCUGUUGGCACACAUUUAGAAGCACUAGCAAACAAAGCAAAAGCUUUUUAGCUGCUAAGUAGAUGGAGGAGAAGAAAAUGAAUCUAACAGAAAUGGAAAAAUUUAUAUCUCCAGAUAUUAACCCAAGCCUGUAUGUGAUACAGUAAUGGCAACAGUUGAUGCUUAAAAGAAAAGGAAAGGGCCUGGGCAGAGGUCAGCUCAGCUCAUUUCAAGAGGAAUGAUGGAACUGAAGGAAAAAAGGUAGCUGGCUGCUCCAGCUGCUUUACAUUUCAGUCUUUAACCUCAGCAUGCUGCCUCUGGUCAGCAAAACAAGCCAAGAGAGCAGUUCAGCGGGGGGCCACUGCAGUUAUCUUUGAUGUAUCUGAAAACCCAGAAGCCAUCGACCAGCUGAACCAAGGCUCAGAAGACCCUCUUAAGAGGCCAGUGGUGUAUGUGAAGGGUGCAGAUGCCAUCAAGCUGAUGAACAUUGUCAACAAGCAGAAAGUAGCUCGAGCAAGGAUCCAGCACCUCCCUCCUCGACAACCCACCGAGUACUUUGACAUGGGGAUUUUCCUGGCUUUCUUCGUCGUGGUCUCCCUGGUCUGCCUCAUUCUCCUUGUCAAAAUCAAGUUGAAGCAGCGUCGUAGUCAGAAUUCCAUGAACAGGUUGGCCGUGCAGGCUCUGGAGAAGAUGGAAACCAGAAAGUUCAACUCCAAGAGCAAGGGGCGCCGGGAAGGAAGCUGCGGGGCCCUGGAUACACUUAGCAGCGGGUCCACGUCUGACUGUGCCAUCUGUCUGGAGAAGUACAUUGAUGGAGAGGAGCUUCGGGUCAUCCCCUGUACCCAUCGGUUCCACAGGAAAUGUGUGGAUCCGUGGCUGCUGCAGCACCACACCUGCCCCCACUGUCGGCACAACAUCAUAGAGCAAAAGGGAAAUCCGGGUGCUGUUUGUGUGGAGACCGGCAACCUUACACGUGGUCGACAGCCAAGAGUGACCCUGCCGGUACAUUACCCAGGCCGUGUGCAUAGGACCAAUGCCAUCCCAGCCUACCCUACCAGGACAAGUAUGGACGCCCAUGGCAAUCCUGUCACACUGCUGACCAUGGAUCGGCAUGGGGAGCAGAACCUCUAUUCUCCACAGACCUCCACCUACAUCCGUGGCUACCCACCCCUGCACUUGGACCACACUCUGGCCCCUCACCGCUGCAGCCUGGAACACCGGGCCUACUCACCAGCCCAUCCCUUCCGUAGGCCCAAGUUCAGUGGCCGCAGCUUCUCCAAGGCAGCUUGCUUCUCCCAGUAUGAGACCAUGUACCAACACUACUACUUCCAGGGUCUCAGCUACCCAGAGCAGGAGGGCCAGCCGAUACCCAGCCUUGCACCCAGGGGCCCAUCCCGUGCCUUUCCACCAAGUGGUGGCAGCAGCCUUCUCUUUCCCACUGUGGUGCACAUGGCCCCUCCCACCCACGUGGAGAGCGGCAGCACUUCCAGCUUCAGCUGCUACCACGGGCACCGUUCUGUGUGCAGUGGCUAUCUGGCAGACUGUCCUGGCAGUGAUAGCAGCAGCAACAGCUCCGGCCAGUGCCGCUGCUCUUCCAGCGACUCGGUGGUGGACUGCACAGAAGUUAGCAACCAAGGUGUGUAUGGGAGCUGUUCCACCUUCCGCAGCUCCCUCAGCAGUGACUAUGACCCCUUCAUCUACCGAAGCCGGGGGCCCACUGUACACCUUGAGGGCUCCCCACCACCAGAGGAGCUCCCAGCAGCACACAGUCAAGGUGCUGGGCGGGGUGAGCCAUGGCUAGGCCCUGCCUCUCCCUCAGGGGACCAGCUGUCCACCUGCAGCCUGGAGAUGAACUACAGCAGCAACUCCUCACUGGAACCCAGAGGGCCCAACAGCUCUACCUCAGAAGUGGGGCUCGAGGUUUCUCCUGGGGCCGCCCUGGACCUCAGGAGGACAUGGAAAGGGGGCCCAGAGGGACCGUCAUGUGCUUGCUGCUUCGAUCCCCAGCCCUCUUCCCUGAGCCCUGGAGCAGGAGCAGCUGCUGGUGGCAGCGCCUUAUUCCUGGGUCCCCGGCUCCUGGAGGACUGCAACCCUACAAGUGGAGACCCACAGCCAGGGGCCUCCCAGGGCCUGUGUGGCCUUCACUCGGACCAUUUUCCCAGGACAGAUGGGGUGAAAUAUGAGGGCCUGCCCUGCUGCUUCUAUGAAGAGAAGCAGGUGGCCCACAGUGCUGGCAGGGGUAAUGGCUGCUACACUGAAGACUAUUCAGUGAGUGUGCAGUACACACUCACCGAGGAACCCCCACCCAGCUGCUAUGCAGGGGCCCGGGACCUGAGCCAGCGCAUCCCCAUUAUUCCAGAGGAUGUAGACUGUGACACGGGCUUGCCUCAAGACUGUCAAGGGAUACACAGCCACAGCUCCUGGGGUGGGAUGCUGGGCUUGGACGUCCCCCGACUCCACUGGAGUCUGGGGACAACCCGGGAAGAGGAACAGGCUCCAUGCUACCAAGCCGAGGUGCCACUGCAGCCUGGCUGCUCUCCAGAGGAGGCAGAUGCUUCCAGGGCUAGCCUUUCCAGUCCCCCCCAGGACACUCAGGAGUCCCAUGCCCUGGCUGCUGAGGCGUCAGAGUGUUUCACAGCCAAUGGUGCAGAUUAUAGGGGGACACAGAGCUGGACAGCACUGCAAGGCGGGAAGCCAUGUCUCUUCUGGAACGAGACAUUCCAGCAUCCAUACAACACGCUGAAAUACCCCAACGGGGAAGGUGGUCUGGGCGAGCAUAACUAUUGCAGAAAUCCAGACGGAGACGUGAGCCCCUGGUGCUACGUGGCGGAACAUGAAGACGGUGUCUACUGGAAGUACUGUGAUAUUCCUGCCUGCCAGAUGCCUGGAAACCUUGGCUGCUACAAGGAUCAUGGAAACCCACCUCCUCUCACUGGCACCAGUAAAACAUCCAACAAGCUCACCAUACAAACCUGUAUCAGCUUUUGUCGGAGUCAGAGGUUCAAGUUUGCUGGGAUGGAGUCAGGCUACGCCUGCUUCUGUGGGAACAACCCUGACUACUGGAAACACGGGGAGGCAGCCAGCACCGAGUGCAAUAGUGUCUGCUUCGGGGACCACACGCAGCCCUGUGGUGGGGACGGCAGGAUCAUCGUCUUUGACACUCUCGUGGGCGCCUGCGGUGGAAACUACUCAGCCAUGGCCGCCGUGGUCUACUCGCCUGACUUCCCUGACACCUACGCCACUGGGCGGGUCUGCUACUGGACUAUCCGGGUGCCAGGAGCCUCUCACAUCCAUUUCAACUUCACCUUAUUUGAUAUCAGGGAUUCUGCAGACAUGGUGGAGCUGCUGGAUGGCUAUACCCACCGUGUCCUGGUCCGUUUCAAUGGAAGAAACCACCCGCCUUUGUCCUUUAAUAUCUCUCUGGAUUUUGUCAUUUUGUAUUUCUUCUCUGAUCGCAUCAAUCAGGCCCAGGGAUUUGCUGUCUUAUACCAAGCCACCAAGGAAGAGCCACCACAGGAGAGGCCUGCAGUCAACCAGACACUGGCAGAGGUGAUCACCGAACAGGCCAACCUCAGCGUCAGCGCUGCCCACUCUUCCAAAGUCCUCUACGUCAUCACCACCAGCCCCAGCCAUCCACCGCAGACUGUCCCAGGUAGCCACUCCUGGGCGCCAUCGGUUGGGGCCAGCGGCCACAGAGUGGAAGGAUGGACCGUAUAUGGCCUAGCCACCCUCCUCAUCCUCACAGUCACAGCCGUCGUUGCAAAGAUCCUUCUGCAUGUCACAUUUAAGUCUCAUCGUGUUCCUGCUUCAGGAGACCUUAGGGACUGUCGUCAACCAGGGGCUUCUGGAGAGAUCUGGACCAUUUUCUAUGAACCUUCCACUACAAUCUCUAUCUUUAAGAAGAAGCUUAAGGGCCAGAGCCAACAAGAUGACCGGAAUCCCCUCGUGAGCGACUAAAGCCUCAUUGCACCCAGACAGGAGGCCUCCUCUCUGAGCUCCAGGCUGCCGGGGGUCCCUUCCCCCAUGGUUCCUCUCUAAGGACUUCCCUGCCUCUCCACUCAGCUAGGUUUCAUGGGGCCACCCUUCUCCAGACUGGGAAGGGGCCCCCUGUUGCAGGGACAGUGUAGCCUGGAGUUGUCCUCCAUCACUUGCACUUACGCUGGACCCUCGUGGCCCCAGCACCCGGCCUGCACCCCUGUCUCCACUGGGGAUGCUAAGCCUGGGCGGAGCUGACAGGACACAGCUGGGCCUGAUUCCAGAAGACUGUUGGGUGGUGGGUAGUUUAGUGUGUGAUGAGUUCUUCUUGCUUCUUCUCUAUUUUGUCCACAUAUGGAUCAGUUUCCCCUGGUCUACAGUUUGGAAAAGAGCCAGACGGAAGAAAUUCUCAGGUUUUCUUGAAGGCUGGCCUGGUUCCCUGCCAAGUGUGGUCUCCUGGACAUUAGCACCUCAGAGUGCACAGAGGCCCAGUGCUCUGUACUGGGCCUGUAGCCUUCUCUGAUGUCAACUAAGAUGUGCCUCAUCUAGUCUGAGGGGACUGAGAACAGGUCCACACUAGAUGUCUUCUUUCUAAAGGAUUCUUUCCAAUACUCACUGACCUACAGGGUUGAACAUAAAAAACAAAAAAACCCAUCUGUUUAUACAUGGAGCAGACACAGUAAACUUCUUGUAUACUAGACUUACCUAGCCUGGCCCCAGGCAGUUCACAGUCCUGUGGAAUCUGAACUCGGCCUGUCUCUGUCCUCUCAGCUAUCUCCUAGUUCAGGAGUUUGAAGGCCGCAUCAUAGUGCUGGGCUGUAGCUCACGGGUAGAGCGCUUGCCUUGCAUGCAUGAGGCCCUAGGGUCAAUGCCAGUACUGCCAAAAAGGGGGAGAGAGAAAGCCUGUGGGCAGCACGAUGAGACGGCAGGCCCGUGGAUCCUACACCAUUUGAAAAGCAGCUCAGGACUCCUGAGAGCUGUGUCCUGUGUCCCUUGUCAUGGGGACAGAGCAGUGAGGAAGGGCUCCUGUCUCACCCCAUCGCUUGUCCCUUAGACAGGGAGGCAGACGGCAGAAGUUGGCCAAAGGAAAAGGGAGGGCUUGGGAACUGGAGAUCUUCCCAGGAGAGGCUGGGAGAUUGAGAGUUGCAGCUGCAGUGGCCGCCAGUUGUGAGAGGAAGGGCCAUCCCUGAUGGAAAAGUCCAGCAGCAGCUGAGAGGAAGAGCUGUGCCCUGAAGGUGGACCUUGGUCAGCGCAUGGCUUGUCCGGCCAGCACUGGAGCUUUGGUGUUUGCAGACCUCUGAUCUCCUGGGGCCCUCUUGGAGCACUGCGCUUACUUCGCCUGCCUGCGUCUCUAAGCCACUGUCACUGGGGCCUUUUGUAGUGUUGGGUAACCCAUCAGUAGCUGGCUGCUCCAGGACAGAGGACUGUAUGGGACCAUCAGGGAGCGUCCUCAGGGAGAGGCACUGACCAGCUGAUGGUAGAGAGGCGACCAGAGGAGCAGAGUGUCUCUCCAGUGGGCCGGGGUGCUGCGGGGGUCCAGAGCUGCUGGGGGUCAUCUUCUCACUGUGAUCUGGAAAAGCUGCAGGCUCCUGAGUCUGAAGACAGGCUCACCACCCACGAAGACCGCUGGAAAUAGACUGCCAGGAGCAGGUUCCACUUCAGGCUGUUGCUAGCAUUUGUGGGAUCCCCUCUGAGAACAAGUAUGAGUCACAGGGCGCCAUGUGCACAGCACACAGAGGAUGUGGGCGCUCUCCCAGGGAAGGUUCAGCUGGCCAGGACCAGGCUUCUUCAGGCCGCUGCCCAGCUGCCUCUUCACAUCUCGGGCACAGGAAGCCGUGCCCCAGUGGUGGCGGCCCCAGCUCAGCUGCCCUUACGGGUGUCCUCGGAAGGGUAGUGGACGUGCCCACACCCCUCUUGCUGCUGGUCCAGGCACAGCCCAGCCUUCCAGCAACCACCUCCUCUCUGGGGAGCAGCCCCAGGAGACACCCACCUUACAACAGCACGGGGCAGUGGGGAGGCCUGUAAGUCACCCAGGCCAAACCUCCAGAAAUGGCAGCCACGCUCGGUUAGAACCUGGAGCAGCGUGUUGACCAGUCGGCUGGCAAACACUGAGGGGUGGGUAGCCCAGGGCCCUGAGUGUGCUGGGGGCAAGGGGCUUUUGAGUUGAGGUGGGCGGAGGUUUCCUGAGAAGAACAGCGACAGGAAAGCCUGGAGGUGUAGGCACGGGCAGCUGUGUUCUUCUCCACUGGUCUCCCUGCUUAAAAAGUAGAGACACUAGGAAAGAAGCCUGUGCCUCCCCCACAUCAGCAAGGACAGGGCCGAGGCCCCCUGGAGUGAGCAAGGUGACCAGACCGACCAGACCUCUCAGACUUCUCAGAAUGUGGGCUCUGGCUUCAGUCUCCUCAGCCAAAAGCUCUGGAAGAUCAAAGCUCUGGCAGGGGCAGCCGUCCUGGCCCCUGAGCCAGCCCAUGGGAUGUGCCUGGGCCAGGUGCCACCCCAUGUCCCCAUGUCAGCCCAGACCCCACCUGACCUUCCCCAUCAGCCCCUGGUCUGACACCACAGGACAGGCACAGCUGUGCCAACCUCGGGGACAGUCCACACUUAACCUUCAAGAGCACUUAGAAGCGGACGGCCGCCCAGCUGCAGGACCCACACUAGGUCUCCUCGGCCAGCUCCUCACCCCACAGUCCUCCAUGGUCACGUCUGGGGCUCCUCUGGGGUUGGGAAUCUCCUGUUUGGUGUCUGCCGUCUACUCUGGGUACUGCCUUGGGAACUGUCACCCCUCCACUGUCCCCACCCUACCUCCAGGCCGCUCUCAGCCCAGCUGCUCUGGUCGCAGGGUGGGGGCACUCGUCAGACCUGCCAGCCACACCCCACCCUGUCUGCCAGCAGAACCCGGGCCUUCACACAGGCCUGUCCUGCCGUGUUGGAGCCGGGCACACUGGCUGAGCCUGAGUGGUGGAAGGGGACCGUGGGAGGUGAAUCUCUCAUGUCAGAGUACGCAAGGGAGCAUUCCUUGCUGCACAGAAAGCUGCCAUCUCUGCCACCCUCGUGGCACCAAGACCUCCCCAUUUCCAAACUCACCCUCCAGCAGGGAUCUGACUUUGGACAACAGGCUUUAUUUGUAAAUAUGCUCUUAAUAUGCAACUUUGAGAAUAAAAUAGAAACAUCAUGUAUUUUAAAAUAUAAAAUGAAGUGUGACACACUGUAUACAAUUUAAUAUAUAUUUUUAGGAUUUUGUUAUUUAAGAAAAUGGAAUGUGAUGGUACUUAACUUUUACAAAAGAGAGAAAAAUGUUAUUUUUACUGUUUGAAGAAAAUAAAUAUUCUCAUUGUUGUAGAAACA